AUGAGCUAUCAGUAUCCUUCCAGUAUGAGCGGCCUUCAGGCCCCUCCCGCUGGCAGCAGCUUCCCGAUGCCCGGCCUGCAGAGUGGCCCCGUUGACGCUGCCGGCUACAGCAUCAAACCACAGAACCCCAUGAUGGGUGGCUACCCUGGCGCGCCGACUGGUCUCGCCGCAGGCGGCGCUGCUUAUCCCCCGAUGUUGCCCGGCGUGGGCGGUCCCGCGGACCCCUACGGUGCCUCCGCUGCGGGCGCCUAUCCUCCUCCCCCGGUCGGCAGUAACCUCCCGAUGGGCGGCGCCUCCUCCGCCUUCGGUGGCAACACCAACGAUCUCUACGCUCACGCCCAGCAAUACGGGCUCAGCCGAGGCGAAGUGGAUGCCGCGCUGCAAACCUACCAGGAGAUGAGCAACAUGGACCGCGGCAUGCUGGCCUCGCUCGGAUCGGGCGGCACCCUCCAGAACCUCCUCCGUCGCAUCUUUGGACAGUCGAGCACAGGCACUGGCGCAGGCGCUGGUGGCGUCGUCAACGAUCAACUUAUGGGCAAUCUCAGCCGCAUCCUAGCCAACUCGCUCUCCACUGGCCGAUUGCCAACCAUCAAAGAGUUCCUCACCCUGAUCGGCAGGAACAAGAUGCAAUAUGGAGCUCCGGGUGGCAUGGGCGCCAUGGGAACGGGCAUGGGCCAGCAACAGUACCCGCCGGGCGGCGGAAUGGGCAUGGACCAGCAACAGUACCCUCCUGGCGGCAUGGGCAUGGGCAUGGGCCAGCAACAGUACCCGCCUGGCGGCAUGGGCAUGGGCGGCGGCAUGCCCCCCUACUAA